UCUGGUUUAUGACAGGGAGACGGGGAAGCCGAAGGGCUAUGGCUUCUGUGAGUACCAAGACCAGGAGACGGCCCUCAGUGCCAUGCGGAACCUGAACGGACGAGAGUUCAGCGGGAGGGCCCUGCGUGUUGACAACGCAGCCAGCGAGAAGAACAAGGAGGAGCUGAAGAGCUUGGGCACAGGUGCGCCCAUCAUAGAGUCACCCUACGGGGACCCUGUCAACCCUGAAGAUGCCCCCGAGUCCAUCAGCCGGGCAGUAGCCAGCCUGCCGCCCGAGCAGAUGUUUGAGCUGAUGAAGCAGAUGAAGCUGUGUGUCCAGAACAGCCCCCAGGAAGCCAGGAACAUGCUGCUCCAGAACCCUCAGCUGGCUUACGCCCUGCUGCAGGCCCAGGUGGUCAUGAGGAUUGUCGACCCGGAGAUUGCACUGAAAAUCCUGCAUCGCCAGACCAGCGUUCCUCCUCUGAUCCCAGGCAACCAGCAGCCAGUGCCAGGGCCGGGGCCUGGGCCAGGGCCAGGGCCUGGGCCAGGGCCAAAUGCUCAGCUGAACUCGCAGAAUACCCCCUCAUCCCAGCCACAGCCCAUAGGUGGGAUGCACGUAAAUGGCGCGCCUCCCCUGAUGCAGCCGCCCAUGCAGGGAGGAGUGCCAGCCCCAGGACAGAUGGCAGCCCCUGUGCAGGGCCCGGGCCCUGGCCCCAUGGCUCCCGGAGGUGGGAUGCAGCCACAGGUUGGGAUGCCGGGCGGAGGGCCUGUCCCCUUGGAGCGCGGACAAGGGAACCUGCAGCUCUCGCCCGUGGGACCUGCCAGGCCUGCGUCUAUCGAACGCGUUCAAG